AAAAUUUAAAAUAGGAAUCUGAAAUUGAAGUAGUAAAAUAGAAAUGUUUGGAUGAGAAAACUCCAUCUGGUAUUCCAAUUACAAAUAAUAACAAAGAGAAAGAAAUACGAUACACCAACCUUAGAAACUAAAAAGUAAAAAUAAAUAAAUAAAACGUUAAGAAAAAAAGAUGUGAUUUAAAAUGAAAAGAGAAAUUUUUGCGUAAGUGAAUGGCCGUACAGUUUCUUCCCUAACCGGUGUUCCCGCGCUUUCACAAAACAGCCAUUGAAAAACUGCACUAAGAUUAGCUCAUCAAUCUGCGUUUCUCCAUUCGCAUUUCAACUUCCUUGCUUCUAAAUCCUUUCCCUAAUUCCUUCUUCUCUUAAACAACCAGGUUUUGAUUGACUGGUUACCGGUGACCCAUUUCCCCCAUCCCCUCCCUUUCCGGCCACCGUCGAUCAAAACCUGCCACCUCUUUUCACUUCUUUUACUACCCACCUUCUCUAUUCCGCUAGUUUAAGCUUUCAGUUUUUUCUUUUUUAAUUAGCUAACAUGGCCACCUCUGUAAAGGGCCUCUUAAAAGGAUUAAGAUACAUUUCACAGAUUUUCGAUGAGAAAGAACCAGAAAUGCAGAUUGGUCUUCCUACUGACGUUAAGCAUGUUGCUCAUAUUGGAUGGGAUGGUCCUUCUGGGAAUCAAAACAAUACACCUACUUGGAUGAACGAGUUUAAAUCUUCACCAAAAACUCAAACCUCAAACGAUUUGGUUAGUUCUAUUGGGGAACUUGAUCUUACUUCUACUAAUAUCCCCACUCAAGAGUCUGGAGACCUAGAUGUGCAAAAGGCAAGUCGAGCACCGAGGUCGAAACGCCAAACAUCGUCCGAGUCUUCGUCAGGUCUAGACUCUUCAUCUAAUCGGCGAAACUCGGAGAAGGGAUCUAGACGACAACGCUCAUCGUGCCCUUCAGGUGACUCUGGUCCUCAGGAAGGUAGUUCUCGAAGUUCACGACGUCGGCGUGGUGAAUCAAGCACAGAAAAUCCUGUCCCAAAACACUCGCAUCGGAGGAAAUCUAAGGGAUCGUCUGAUGGUGGUGAAUCAACGAGAUCAUCAAGAUCAAGAGAUAAUAACUCCUUAACAGACAUACCUCUCCCAGUUUUGGAAGCCGUGGAUGAAGAGAAGGGAUGAGCAGAAUUUCCAAACAAGGAACUAAACCGCUUUCAAAUGGUUCCUUGCCUGAGUAAGAACAAAUUUUUGUUACCUUGGAGAUGAUGUGAUUUUAGCUUCAGUAAUCAGUUAUAAUUUUAUUGCCAAGAAAGUUGUUUUGUAACAUGUACCAACCAAAAGCCAUUCUUCAAAAGAAUGUCCCACAUGUAAUCUGAAUUUUGAAUUUCUACUUAUUCAGUACCCCCCCCCCUUUUCAAUGCAGUGGUAUGAUCAUCACAAAUCACUGAUAUUGACAGAAGCAAUUGUAGUCACAAUAACAGCCACUUAGGUAGAGUUUAUUGUUACGUUGUCAAAUUUGUUGCAUAUUUUUGCAGCAUCUGAAACAUGUCAUCUCUCAAGUAAUACAAGUCUCUUUCCAUCUAAAUUAGUGUCUCUCUUUCUCCCUUUUGACCAUUGUUUUAUCCAUGCAUGUUAAUAAGGAUUACAUGAAAGCAUUUUAAGCUGUCUAACCUC